CGCCUUCAUCUUGCCGGGGAUCUCGCUGGGUAACUUGCUCCAGAGAACUAGCACCAUGGCGUCCGGCUGCAAGAUUGGUCCGUCCAUCCUCAACAGCGACCUGGCCAGUUUAGGGGCCGAGUGCCUUCGUAUGCUGGACUCUGGGGCCGAUUAUCUGCACCUGGAUGCACCCUGCUCUUCAGGGAGGCAUUUUGUUCCCAACAUCACCUUUGGUCACCCUGUGGUAGAAAGCCUCCGAAAGCAGCUAGGCCAGGACCCUUUCUUUGACAUGCACAUGAUGGUGUCCAGGCCGGAACAGUGGGUAAAACCAAUGGCUGUAGCAGGAGCCAAUCAAUACACUUUUCAUCUCGAGGCUACUGAGAACCCGGGGGCUUUGAUCAAAGACAUUCGGGAGAAUGGAAUGAAGGUUGGCCUUGCUAUCAAACCAGGAACUACAGUUGAGUAUUUGGCACCAUGGGCUAAUCAGAUAGAUAUGGCCUUGGUUAUGACAGUGGAACCUGGGUUUGGAGGGCAGAAAUUCAUGGAAGAUAUGAUGCCAAAGGUAAAAGAAGUAUUUGGUUCUGGGGUUCACUGGUUGAGGACCCAGUUCCCGUCUUUGGACAUUGAGGUUGAUGGUGGAGUAGGUCCUGACACCAUCCAUAAAUGCGCAGAGGCAGGAGCUAACAUGAUUGUAUCUGGCAGUGCCAUUAUGAGGAGUGAAGACCCCAGAUCUGUGAUCAACCUGUUAAGAAAUGUUUGCUCAGAAGCUGCUCAGAAACGUUCUCUCGAUCGAUGAAACCACAAGGAGUUCAGUGUUUCUGCUUAUGAGAUCUCCUUUUUACUGGAAAACAAGAAUACUGACUACCAAAUCGUACCACAGUUGAGGCAGUGCUGCUUUUCUGAGCAAUUAUUCAUUCCAGUGACUAAAAUCCAUUUUGCAGAAUGUUCCAAGAGGUUAGAAAUUGGUGUGUAUUAUGUUUUCAGUGAUGGAAUUUAAAGAUUAGUGUGGUAAAA